AUGGCCUGGCUUCUUCUUAGAACUUGCUUCCAAAAAGUUGUCCCCGGUGGCAGAUUUUCUUACAAAACCAGAGCAUGGAGCAAUGGACCCCUGACUGCAUACAUGCCAGAAGUCACAUCUUUUCCUGGACCAGUGGACCACCAAGGGCUGUAUCAGGUGUCAGUGGAGCAAACGGAGGCCUUCUGGGGAGCACUAGCAAGAAGCCGACUUUCGUGGAUCAGUCCUUUUCAUUCUGUCAGUAACUGUAACCUACAGCAAGGCCACGUGUCCUGGUUCCUGGGAGGACAGCUGAAUGUAGCUGUCAACUGCUUGGACCGACAUGUCCACCAAGCUCCAAAUAAAGUGGCCCUGAUCUGGGAGAAAGAUGAACCUGGGCAAGAGGAACGAAUUACAUACAGAGAACUGCUGGAGAAGACCUGUCGCCUUGCCAACACCUUGAAGCGACAGGGAGUGAAGAAGGGUGACAGAGUUGUAAUUUACAUGCCUCCAUGUCCAAUGGCUGUGAUGAGUAUGCUGGCCUGUGCCCGGAUUGGAGCAAUACACACAGUGGUUUUUGCUGGAUUCAGUUCUGUUGCUUUGGCAGACAGGAUCCAAGAUGCAAAAUCCGAAACUGUGAUCACAGUAAACCAAAGCAUCCGAGGGGGGAAAGUGGUGGAAUUGAAGCAGACAGUUGACCAAGCUAUUAAAAUGUGUCCAAUGGUGAAGCGAGUUUUUGUUUCAAAGAGAACUGAUGCCAAAGUUUCAAUGUCAGCAGUGGAUAUUCCACUAGAGCAGGAGAUGGCGAAAGAGGAUGCAAACUGUGCGCCGGUUGCCUUGGAGAGUGAAGAUUUCUUGUUCCUUCUCUAUACAUCAGGAAGUACUGGGAAGCCCAAAGGACUGGUCCACUCACAAGGAGGCUACUUGCUAUAUGUUGCUCUCACACACAAGUAUGUGUUUGACUACCACGAUGGAGAUGUUUUCUGCUGUGUGGCCGACAUUGGCUGGAUCACAGGACACAGUUAUGUGGUCUAUGGACCUUUGUGCAAUGGAGCAACCACAGUACUUUUUGAGAGCACUCCACUCUACCCAAAUCCAGGACGUUACUGGGAAACCGUGGAGAGAUUAAAGAUAAAUCAGUUCUACGGAGCCCCUACAGCUAUUCGCCUCCUGCUUAGCCAUGGAGAUAACUGGGUAAAGAAAUAUGACAGAUCUUCCCUCAAAAUCCUUGGAUCAGUGGGAGAACCUAUCAACACAGAAGCCUGGGAAUGGUUCUUCAAUGUGGUUGGAAAUGGACAGUGCCCAGUAGUUGAUACAUGGUGGCAAACUGAAACAGGAGGCAUCUGUAUUGCUCCUCGUCCUUCAAACCCUGGAGAUGAGAUCCUUCCAGCUAUGGCCAUGAGACCGUUCUUUGGCAUCCGACCUUCCAUUCUGGAUGAUAAAGGAAAUGUUUUAACACAGAAUGAUAUCUCUGGAGCCCUCUGUAUAUCUCAAGCCUGGCCAGGGAUGGCAAGAACUAUUUACAAUGACCACCAAAGGUUUUUGGAGACCUACCUGAAGCCUUACCCAGGAUAUUUCUUCACUGGAGAUGGAGCAUAUCGAACUAGUAAAGGAUAUUACCAGCUGACAGGCCGCCUUGAUGAUGUCAUUAAUGUCAGCGGGCACCGACUGGGUACUGCUGAGAUAGAAGAUGUUCUGAAUAAGCAUGAGGCAGUGGCAGAGUCAGCCGUGAUUGGAUAUCCUCACAAGGUCAAAGGAGAAGGUGUUUAUGCAUUUGUCAUGUUAAAGGAGGAUUGCAGUCUCUCCCAAGAAAGCCUGGUUUCUGAACUUCGGGGACUUGUCUCAAAAGAGAUUGCAAAAUAUGCUGCACCAGAAUAUAUUCAGAUAAGUCAGCAUCUGCCUAAGACUCGCUCAGGGAAAAUUAUGCGGCGGGUUCUGAAGAAGAUCAUAGAAAACAAAGCAGAUGAACUUGGAGACUUGACAACUCUGGAUGACCAUGAAACAGUGAAAGAGAUCAUUGAGGGACAUGGGCAACUUCUGCAGAAAGAACAGGGCCGGUAACAAAUGCCCCUGAGCACCAACAGUUGUGUCAGCAAAAAUAUUUUAAGUAGGGAGCCAGGGGACAUCACAACCCAAAACAUGGGUAUGGACUACUUGUUGUCAAGAUAAAAAUCACAUCAGAAGACUAUGACAGUAAUGGAACACAGAAAGCAAUAAAUGAUAAAGACACCUUUCAAACUAUUCUGGAAGUCAUCAUACAGUAGUACUGUGAAUAUUCCAAGUUGUACCAUAAAUUGGACUAUAAAAGCAUCAUGAAGUAAAUGAAAAAAUGUCUAGAAAAUGCAGCCAAUUGAGUAGCUAUUCUAAAGAAAUACACAACACUAAAAUCACUAUAAACAAAACAAAAUGGCUCUGGUGGUCUGUAUCCAGCACUAUGGUUAAUUAUUUCAAAUCAACACAAGAAAUGUAGUUUUCUUCUACUUUGCAAUUUCUGGACAUGGAGCCACUCUCCUCUCUGCUCUUUGUAAAUCCCAGUUUGCUUUGUCCUCUCACACUCCCCCCCCCCCCGCUUUGAUCUUGUCCUCUUCUUUUCAUUCUCUGAACCAGUCUCUGUUCAAAUCCUUUUUUCCCUUGGCCUAAAUGCUCUCAGGCCCCUGGCUGCUCCUGAACUCACACCUGCCUGAUCUCUUCCUCUUGUCUAACCCAUCUCCUUUCCUGUGUAGGAAUCUGAUUCCUGUAAGGUAGACACUUUCAAGGACAGUGACUGAACUGAUAUAAACCAUAAGAGUUGGAAGAGACAAGGGACAUUCUCCCCAAGCCAUGCAGGAACACAUAACAAAGCAAUCUCAACAGAUGGCCAUACAGCCUUUGCAUCAAAAACCUUUGGAAAAGGAGGCCUUUAGGAUUAGAGCAGCUAGGCAAUGGCAGUCUAGGUCUUCCAUAGCUAGAUUACUGAAUCAGUAAUUUUCAGGAUUACACAUAGAUUCCUCAUUUUGGAUUCUUUUCCUCACCUGCAUACUGAGGUUGGAGAUAGAAAAGCCGGGCAAAACAUAGCCUCUGCAUUUCACCUGGAGACAGAAUAUCAUACCUGCAACAAAGCAAGAAGUCAAACGAUCUUGUGGUCUACUUAUAGCUCCAAAUUUACUCACAAGCCCCACAGUAUACUUAUGAGAAAGAUCUUACCAGUUCCAGUCCACUGGUUGGUCCAAACCUCCCGUCCUCAACAACAGGUCAGACUGCAUCAAACAUAGAAAACAACAAAAAAGAAAACUAAAGUGUCUUCUGGGUUUCAGUCAACGCACAUUUAAGAUAUAUGCAAAAAUUUGAAGCUUCAAUCCUUCCUCGCCAUUCCCACUUUUAGGUCAGGGCAUCUCUACCUACAAUCUCUUACAUAUUCUCUGCCAUCUUGUCAUCAUUACAAUGAUUAGUGAUGAUUAGUGCUUCUUGGCAAGGGGUUGGACUGGAUGGCCCAUGAGGUCUCUUCCAACUCUGAGACUCUAAUUCUAUGCUUAUCAUUAUCAUCAUGAUCAGGGCAUGCUUUCAACUUAGUUCCAGACCAAACAUUGGCACUAUUAUUAGUUAUAAAUAGUAACAGUAAUGUUCCACUAUAGUGGAAAAUGAACAUGCUUGCAGCUUAAUUAAUCUUUUCACUCAUAGAGUCCACUCUACUUAUUUGGAAUGGCAGGAAAAGGUUCCCAGGUCAGGUAAUGGAACUUCUAUACAUGCUCAUGAUUUAGUUUCUCUCAUUUCUCAGGGGGAAUUAACUUUUGACGUUAACAGUGCCUCCCACAAGCAUUAUUUAUUAUUCUGAAAAUUGAUGGAAGAAUAAACACAUUAUGCCAUUUACCUUCCCAUCCCUUCUAACCACUCACCAGACCAGUCAGUUCCAGGAAUCUCAGUAUCCUUUCAUCAUCUGCAGACCCUAUUAUGCAAUAAAUGACAUUCAUGAUAAUGAGAAUGUGGAGGCUGCAUCUGCUAGGUUGUAUCAUUAUGAUGCUGGAUCAGUGGUGAGAGAGAGGGACUUCUACAUUUAUCAGGGCUAGCUCAAGGGAUGUUUAAGUCUGACAACAAGGAAAAGAUGGGUGUCUUAUCCAUUCCAGAAGCCAUUGGCCUACUUUCGCCUCACUUGCAGGUAGUAGAUCAGUUUAGGGUAAUAGGCAAAGCUCUAUAGCACAUACAGAGUUGUUCUCUAAAACAGAGGAAUUGGUGGAGAGGCUGCCACUUCUGACUCUGCCAUUUGCCUUUUGACGUACUUAAUUUUGAAAAUCGGUAGAGACAGGUCUGGCAUUUCUAUGGAAUUCUGUCUGCUUAGAUUAUUUUAAAAAUUUUUUGAAGAAGAUGACAGGUCUGAAAACAUCUUACAUGGAGGAAAUUUCCCUAUUCUCAACAAUCAGAUGUAUUGUUACAUAAUUUAUAUGUAAGUGAACUAAGGUAACAAAUAUGUUUUGUUGGACUUUCAGCUUCUGUGGAUAUAUUCCGAGCUAAUUCUAGAAGCCUCCUUCUGUGAAGAAAGUAAUGUUCAGUACCUACUCACUCUUUUUCUAUCUACAAAAGAGAGGAAUUAGAGAAAGGAGGGGGAACAUGACAAUUCUCUCCAGGAAAAGAUUCUUGGUGAUCCUUGGUAUGCAAAAGUGUCUGCAGUUUUGGGAAGAGGACUACCAUCUCCCUCCCUCAGAUCCUGCUGCCAUGUUUUUCUGCAGUUGAGUUAACAUUGGUAACAAUAUCAGGCAUGCUUAAUAUUAACAGGUAUUCCCAUUAACCCACAAUCUCAAAUAUAAGUAUUUAGCAAGGCUGCAGCAACGUCUGCCCUUUAAGCCAAGAAUCCCAAAUAUGACACUGUCUGCUAUUAGUGAACAGAAUGUUUCUGUUUUACAUUCCUCUAAGAAAUUAGAGGAAUGUUAAGUUGCCUAUAAUUGGGGUGCGACAUAAUAUAAACAUGUUAGGUCUUGGAUAUUGAAGCAGAAACUGCAUAGAAGGUUUGGAAGCCUAAAAAUACUAGGAAGCUUGUAUUUAUCACGAAUAAAUUACAUUUACACUAUAUUAAGAUUAUUUUAGAUUAAUCUGGAAGAAGAGUAGAGGUGCUUGUAAAUGUAUAUGAUACCUUCUAAGGGGUUUAACAUUUGCUCUAAUUGAUUUUUAAUUUAAUUUUCAUUAACCAACCCUAAUCUAAUUUCUUGACAUUCAGGUGACAUCAUCAGUAUUCAUAACAGCAGAUUUCCUUCCACACCCCAUUAUGUACAAAUAGAAGUGUCGCAGUCAAGGUUAGAUGUACUUUGAUUAAAAAAUAAACUAAAUUUAGUCCCUAGAAACCAAAAUCCUGAGUUCAGAAUGCACUGCAGAAUAAGAUGAGCUACUUAUGUUCGUUUUGGCAUAUUCUGUUCAAGUGCAAAAUAUCAAUUCCCAUAUGGAAAUGUUCCUUGUCUUCAUGGCACCCACUUUAAGUCCACACACAAACUGACAUCUCGAGCUACUUGUCCACAAAUUCACCAUCCCCUGCAAGUAAUUUCCUGGCAAUUAUAUUUUGCAGGAGAACAUAUAAAUCUACGAAAAGAAACCAAUACAACACCAAAAAAUGCAAUGUAUGUACACACAAAGAAGAGAGACACACAGCAUUUGCAGAAGCAACUUCAGUCAAUUAGAAGGCAACUCUUCCAUUAUAAUUUACCUGAAUCUGGAUAGAUUUCCUUCAAAGGAUAUAUCACCUAAAUUGGAGAAAACCAGACAAAUUCCAAAUGAGAAUAAUUUGUAUCAUAUAAAUGUGGAAGAGAACAGUCAACAACAAUAGCUGUCUGUUUAGGGCUCCUGGACAACAUAUGCUGGUCUCUGGUCUCUCUGUGGUUGAAUGUAUUCGAAGACUGGGUAUUUUGCUGUUACAGCAUUGGGAACAACUACCUGGUGGUCAGUGAGAUGUCUAACUAUCCUUGAGUCUUACAAUAAGUUAACCUACCUGUUCUCGCAGGGUCCCAUCUGUGAAAAAAGGCCUCUGUGGCAAGAUCACCAUUCCAUGGGGGCCAAAGCAAGUUAGCAUGUGGACAUUCCCUGCAAAGAUGCAACAGAAACCAUCAUAAUAAACUAGAUAGAAUCAUGGAAUAACAGAGUUGGAGGAGACCACAUGGGCCAUCUAGUCCAACCUCCUCCCAUGUAGGAAAAACACAAUCAAAGUACCCCCAACAGAUGGCCAUCCAGCCUCUGUUUAAAAGCCUCCAAAGAAGGCGUUUCCACCACACUCUGAGGCAGAGGGUUCCACUGCUGAAUAGCUCUCACAGUCAGGAAGUUCUUCCUAAUGUUUAGGUGGAAUCUCUUUUCCUGUAAUUUGAACUCAUUGCUCAUUGGUGAGCACUCUGGUUUUGGUCGCUUAACCAAUUACAAAUCCAGCUAACAGUAGUAUUGUCUAGCCCACAUUUUACUAGUUUGUUUUCAAAAAAAUCAUGAGCGUUCUUGUCAAAGGCCUUACAGAAAUCAAGAUAUGCUACAUCCAUAGCAUUCCCUGCUUGGGAGAUGCAGAAAUAUAACCUAAUGCUUUCCAGUUUAUCAUUACCAGCAGCCUAUCACUUGGUGAUUAUUACCUGUAUCCCCAACUGUCACCUGCUGAUGCCAUUCUAGCAGGCAAAUGAAACAAUUUCCACCCCAUCUGGUCAUUAUAAGAUCUGUAGUGUGGAAGUGGCUUCCCACCUACCCCCAUUCCCUCUUAUUUCUUGUGUCACAAAUCCUAAAUUUAGACUGUGCUUUGAGAGUUGUUUUGGCUGAGAAGCAGAAGUAAUUAAGUGGUUAUAUGAGUUGGGUAAUUAAGAUUAUAGAAUUUUAUAAAUGCUUUGCAUUAUGUAUCACCCAUCAUGUUGCAGGAAGUCAAGAGACUGAAAAAAUGUAGCAGUGGCUAGCCUUAAACCAUGUACUGAAUUCACAACUCAGGCAAGAUUUUAACUUGGUGAAUCCUUCCUGCCCUUUAAACAUAUUGACUACACGAGUAACUAUUUAUAAGCAUCCCACCAUAUUGCUGUCUACCACAGCAUCAGCAUGCAGUCACAAAACAAAUAAAAUAUUUACCUCAUACUCCUACAUACAUGGGUAGGUAAAACAUACACUGUAAAAAGACUUGUGAUUGGAUCCAACAGAUGAGUGCAUAGCAAGAAUCAUCAUAUUGGAAACUUAGAAGAGUUGACAUGGCAAGAGGUCAUCAAAUUCUUCACCAAGUCUAAAUGGGGCAAGGGAAGGCCUGACUGCUGAACAGAGAACAUCAAUAAGAAAUCCUCCGGAAGGAAUUCUGCACAAAGAUUUUCACUAGUCCAAACCCAACCUUUGCCCAUUAGCCCAUAAUGGACAGUGUUCCACCCACAACCUGCUGAAAGGCCUCCAUUCUUAAAAGCAUCAUUUCACAGAAGCUGAUGGUACUCACCCUCUUGGCUGUUCCAGAGACCUCCAAGGACACGCAGUAAAGAAGACUUCCCUGUGCCUGUGUUGCCAGUAAUUAGCAGACUGUUCCCUUGUGUGACUCUCAGGUUCAUGUCCUUGAUAAGCAGCUUCUCUGAAGGAGCCGAGAUAGAGACGUGCUCCAGGAGGAAGGCUGUAUCACUGGGAUUCAUCUUCUCUUUGGAAACACUAACAGCAUCCAACCCCACCAGGAAAAGAAGGUAACAAGUAAGCAGAAGAAACAGGAAGGAGAAACGGACAAUGUUUAGAGGAACUUUUCCAAACUUCAAGCCUUCAAUAAAUUGUGGUCCUUCUUAAUCUUGGAACUUUCCAGGUUUCUGGUAAAGGACUCAGCUCUUUUCCCUAAACAGCAUGGAGAGGGAUACUUAAAAUGAAGUAUGCAUCUGAGCUGUAAGAGAUCUCUCUAAGGAUAAUCCUAUUACUCCAGAAGAAAGCCCAAAGUGUUCAGCUACCUUUUUAGAUAUCUCCCCACCUCAACCUUGUGGUGGGGAAACACAAGCACAGGCCAAAAAAAUAUAUACAGUUCAUCACACACCUGAUGCAAACUUUUGCUACUCACCUGUUGAAAUCCCAUUUGGCUUGCAAUUCAGAGUCAUUUUGUUUCUUGGAUAGUUUCAGAAGCAUUUCCUGCAGUUCCCCAAUUCUUCAAAAAUCAUUAAAUGAAGGGAAACAAAAUGGAAGGAUACAGAAACAUUUAUUUCUUGAAUAAACAUCUGUAGUGAUUUAUUUUUAAAAUUCCCAAAGUAAUUUUACUCCUAAAGCGUAUUUUACAUUCAAAGCAAUAAGUGGUGCUAGUUAAAAGUUGAUUAAAAACAUACAAGUAGUAGAUAACAUUGUUUAUACAGUUAUAAUGGAUAUUUGAAAUAGGUAUCCUGCUAAGAUAUGAAUGGAGCAUAGGCCAAGACCCCAGCCAGCUGAAGCUAGCAGUUCAAAGAGGAAUAAUUCAGGUUUCUGUUUCUGCCAUAAAAGUUCACUUCUUUAUGUCUGAACAGAAGAGAUGUGCUUUCUUGUCUGUUUCUUCUCAAAAGCUCUCCCUUGUCUGAUUCUGUUCAAAAGAUACCUUUUAAGAAAGCCCAAGAUAUGGCUUUCUCAUGAGCCAUAAUGACCUCUAAAAAUUCAUGAGAAGCAGAGGUUUCAUGUAUUCUGCAGCAGUUCAAAAUACAGGCCCUUGGCAUCAUAAUACUGCCUUUCAAGCAGCUCACAGACAAGAGGACUCACCUGUGUGUGUACCCAGCUACAUCCGAUACGGUGGUGGAGAGGUCGAUGAGCUGACUAAAGCAGCCAAUCAGGUAAAUAGAGACAAAGGCAUUCUGGAAGGAGAAAAAUACCAAAAAUAUUCCAGUCACAUACAGAGACUUAAGUGAGGUUUAGGAAAGCAAUACAAGGAAGUCAAGAGGUAUUGAACCUCGCUCACCUUGUUGCUAUUCAAUGAGCUAAGGAAACAACUUUCUUCUCCUUGGCUAAGAGAAUUAGCUGUGCCCAUGAACCCCAAAUUCCACCCUAAGGAAAUUCAUAUUCCACACUGAAAAUUAUUUAGGUCAUCAUUUGGCACAGACUUUGCAAACUCUAUUCAUAGAAUUUUGGUCAAGACAGAAAACUAGACAGUAUAUCAUGGAACGUGAGCAGAGGGAUGGAUGACCCUGUGGUGGGGAAAAAGCUUUUCAAGAUCUGAUUUCAAAACUUUCAUCAAAUGCUGCCUAUGAUUUUCCUCUUCUUUCUUCCACAUGACCUGGAAGACUUUCCUUUUUAAAGAUCAGAAGACAAUGGAUAUUCUCAGGAUACUGAAUCUAUCUAUACACAUAGUAAAAGUGAUUGUGUGUGUGUGUGUGUGUGUGUGUGUGUGUGUGUGUGGAGGAGUUGUCCACUUACACAGACAGCCUUGCACCUCCACAAAUAGCUAUAGUUCCCACUGUGCAGGAGACACCAAUGGCCCUCCCUCCACUGACAUGCAGGUUAUAGUAAGUGCCAUGAACAUGCAGCCCAAACCCUGCCAGUGUCCUCCACAAACACAGUUCUGCCCCCACUCAAGUGAAGGCUUUCAUGUGGGAACCAUUUCAUCCUAGAUGUUCUAUUUUUCCUCCAGAGUGGACAUCCCAGGGUUCCUUAAUUUGCAUGACCCCACCCACUGCCUCUACCUUAAUCCUUUCCUACCCCUUCCUAUGGCACGCAGCAAACAGAGGAACUGAUCAGCAACUGAACAAGAGGUUUGGGGAGAAUUCACCAUGAUUUACAAGUUGUAUUUGACCGACAUCCAGAGAACACUCUUAACUCAACCAACAAUGGAUCUGUCAAAGUAGGACAUUCAUCCCAUUAACAAGCUGUCCUUUAGCACACAUUGGUCAGAUUCCUGUAUGAAACUUAUGCAGGUUUAAGUUGCAUUACAGGUAUGGUAUAACUUUUUUGGAUAAUGCAAAAUGAACAUAUCUAGCUUCAUGGAAGCAGAGUUUUUCAUGAGGAUGGUUCAAUAAUGCCCCCUGAAUACAAAGUCAUGGCCAUACUAAUCUGAAAUAUGCAAAGGGAUCUUGUAGCAUCAUAGGUUCUAACUGAGAGAAUGAAGUUGAUGACAUAAGCUUUUGUAGAUUAAAUCUACUUCCUCAGAUGUAACUUAGUCUACAAAAGUAUAUUUUACCAACUUGUCUCUUAGUCUCUUUUUAUCGUGACAAAAGCGACUUGGGAGCAUACUGCAAGUUGCUUCUGGUGUGAGAUAAUUGGUCGUCUACAGAGACGUUGUCCAGGGGACGCCCGGAUGUGUUAGAUGGGAGACUUCUCUCAAGUCCUUGAAAGCUAAAGCUGACAGAUGGGAGCUCACCCUGUCUCAUGGAUUUGAACUGGCAACCUUCAGGUCAGCAACCCAACUUUCAGGCAAGCAGUUCAGCCGGCACAAAGGUUUAACCCAUUGCGCCAUUGCAGCUCCACAGUCUCUAAGAUGCUACAAGACCCCUUUGCACAGAGAAUACUAUGUCAAUGUACAUCCAGAAUGGUAUGUUGGGAGUACUUUUAUUAGGUGUUCCUGCAUGGCAGGGGGUGGACUGGAUGGCCCUUGUGGCCUCUUUUAACUCUAUGAGUCUACUACUAUGCACUGCCUCUAUGCAUCAUACAGUUAUACAGUACAUAUUCACCAUUUUUCAUAAAUUGUUCAUACAUUGCACUGCAACAGUGUUCAAUAUAGGGAUUGCAUAGUUCUAGUGCAUUGUACAUCUAGUGCAUUGUACACCAACAGACAUUUAUAUUAGGCUGAGAUGAUGUAAGAACUUGACUAAUGUAAAUUUGGCAGCAAAUGUAAGGUUGGGAUUAAUUUUGUGCAGAAACCAUUAUUUUAACUAGAGAAAGCUGCCCUGGUCUCUGCACUUGAAAGUACAUGGCCUUGUACCAAAAUGUUUUCAAAAUGCUAAACAAAACAGAGAGUGUAACAAUAAUCUCUCCCUUUCUCUCUCACCAAGCUAGCAAGCAACUUCAGUAUUUUGCCCAGGUGUUCAAUAAUUCCCUGUGAGGAAGCUGCCCUUUUUCCCUCUAAAGAAGCCCCUCUCUGCAUAGUUAGCACUGCUAAUCCUGUUAUUUUUAGAUCUAUGUAAUUCGUUUCAGACAGUUUUAAUAUCUAAAGGCUAUGGUAGUCUCUCCAUCAGAAUUGACUUACAUUGCCUCCUCCAUUUCAGGGGAAAGUGAUCUCUGUCCCUCAACAGGUGAAGCAAUAAAUUUGUCCUCUUGGGUAUCUGAUGACAAGCUUGUUUACCAAGCAUCUGCAUCAGUCUCUCACUCAGGCUACAUGCCUCUAUAGACUUGUUGCUCUGAUUUUGGGCCUCUUUUACAAAGAAGAGUAUCCCCAAAAAGCAAGGCAAUAUUUCCACGAAGCAGCUUUACAAUGGGUAUUAGUAGUAUUUGAGUUGCCACUUUCUUAUAAUAAAUUUAGCCUCUUUUAUGAGGAUGCUGUAGGUUAGAUUAGUUUCUGGAGCUGGGGAAUGCAUGGCUCUCCAGAAGAUGUUAGGCUACAACUUCAGCCACUUCCCUAACCAGCACAAACAAUGUCAAGGGAUCAAGGGCUACAGCACAAAAAUACAUUCUCCCCCUAUAUUAUAUAGAGUGGCAUGGGAACGGCUGGUCCAGCCUUUGGACAAAUGUUGGACUGAGUUGCUUGCAAUGAUUUUCAAUCUGAAGAGAAGUAUCAUAGUAUGAACACAUAAUGCUUUUUAUGGUUCUGCAGAGCAGAAGCAACAUUAUGGAAGCCAUUUUCUUCAUAGUGCCUUCAAGUCAUUUCCGACUUGUGUCGACCCUAUGGACAGCUUUAGAUUUGUUCAGAGGAUGUUUGCCUUUGCCUUUUCUGCAACUGAAAGAGUGUGAGAGAGUGUGACUUGCCCAAGAGUUGGGUUUCCAUGGCUGAGAGGUGAUCUGAACUCUGAUCUCCACAGUAUAAGUCUUUGUAUUCUAAGGGGAGGAGAAGUCAGCAUCCUGGGAAUCUCAACUAUCUUUAAAAGAAAACAAGAAACUGACCUCUGAUAACCUACAAGUCAGACAAAAUUAUAGAAGGCAGAGAUGUGUCUGAAUAGAUUUUCAGUGGUCCUAACAUCCAUUCUACACUGUAUAUUUUCAUCUGGGCUAGGGAAUCUCUGCCUGUCCAGGAUUUUAGAUCCCUUCACUAUUCCCAAAAAUUAUUUACUUUGUCAUGCUAACAAAGGCACAUGUGGGUUAAAGCUGUGACCCUCCGGAUGUUUUCUGCCAAAACGCUGCAGUCCUAACUAGAAUCACCAGUGGUUAGGGAUGAAAGGAAUGGCAGUCCAGAAAACAUCUGGAGUGCUGUAGUUAUCCAAUCCUACAAUGUAAGAAUUUUUUUCAGGCUGUUUGCUUUAUUCAGUAGUUGCUACAGAAAUCCCAGAAAGCUAGAAAAGGCAAAAAGUGCCAUAAUAAACACAAAACAGCACGUCUCCCAUCCCCUGAGAAAAAAAAACUCACCUUGCUAACCAAGGAGCUCAGUUCUGCUGGAUCUAGAUCAUUGUAGAUGCCACUAAAUAUGGGAAUGGCAAUCACCACAUAACUCAGGAUGCUGCCCAGAUAGUCAAAGGUGUUGAUUCCAACUGAGAAGAAACACAUGAAUAUGAGCCAGUCAGUAACUGAACCUUACACUCAAUAACGAGGCCAAGAUCUCAUCACACUACAUUCUUAGGAUCAAGCAUGAAAACAAGAACUUUUGUUGAAACAGACAAUGAUAUAUUUAUUAUUUUUAUUUUAUUCAGAAGGUAAUUUGUUCUAGAAAAGCCAACUAAGUCACAAUAAGCCUAUAAAAAAGCUCCUCUUGAUAAAGACUGAAACUGCUAGAACUGCUUUGAACAGAUGCCUGUGAAUAAAGAAAAUAAUGGUCUUCUUACUGUAUAGCAGUAGUUCCUUGCCUAUCAGUUCCCUUUGAGUUUGCAGAAGAUUUUGCAGCCUGCGAUUAGUUCUCAUGUGCUCCACUUCACCAGCUCUGCAAAUCAUCAAAACAUAGUCUAAAUAAGAAAUUAGACCCAGAAUUCACUGAAGAAGCUACGGGGGUGAGCAUCAAAAGGCUGCAGAAAAUGAAGGUAGGUGCUUACAUAAGCCUAGAUUCUCCAAGGCUUAAAAGAGUGAAAUAGUCUGUUGUAUGAUGAAGCUAAACCAAGUAGGUACUGAACUUGUUCAGGUACUGAACAACUAGGUACUGAACAAGUGCCUGUGUAAGCCGCCUUGAGUCCCCUUCAAGGUGGAGAAAGGUAGUCUACAAAUGCGGUAAAUAAAUAAAUUAAAAACCACAUUUCAAAUAGGAAAUGUGUUAUAUGUGCUGAAAUUCCACCACAAUGAUUUCCUGGAAUAACUAAACAAAAUAAAAGCAAAAAAGGCUACAAGGUCCUUCCUUUCAUCUGAGAAAUAUCUAAACCGAUAUACGCUUGCCUUUUAGACAUUUUGGCUUAUAGUUGGUCUCCCUAUCUUCCAGAUCAAAGGAAUUCAAGGCUCUUAAAAUUACUGUGAGUUUUUCUAGUGAAAUACUCCAUAACACGAGUGACCUCAUGUGGCAAGAUGUGUAAUAGUACAAGACAUGUAUUGUAUUUUGGUCUGCUGCUCAUUUCCGCACUCCUUCCUGUCCUUCUAUUGUUAACCAAGUGCUUGCUGUUCACAAGCAUUUUCUGCUAUUUGGCACACAUGUAUAGUAGGUUCUCUGAGCUGAAUAACUAAAAAGAAUAAUGUACAUCAUCUAGAUCAGACUUCUUAAACUUUUUCUUUUGAUGACCCCUUUUCACUUGAGAUUUUUUUGUGACUUGGGGUAUAUAGAUAUAUAAAGUAGGUAUAAAAUCAAACAUUUACAAAUAAUAAAUCGUUUCUGUAAGGCUUGCUAAAUAGUCUGGUUUACAGCUGAAGCAAUUUCUGCAGAUUUGUGUAAAUGGAUGGAAUUCAGAAUCCUUUCACUGUUGUCAAAUUUUUAGUUACCCCAACAUUGAGCUAAAAGGUUGGGAUCCACAGUUUAAGAAGCAGUGAUAUAGGUACACAUAUUACCACAGAGAGAUAGAGACAGAGGGAUGAUAUUGCUACAUUUCCACAGUGUUCAGAAGUAUUUGGGUCUCUGGAAUGAAAGGAUGGGAGGACCCAAAACAAAUGAAACAAACUAUCUUCUGAUGAACUGGGACAUGCUCAGAAACUGUUAAAACAAAAUUGCUAAUCUGAAACAGUGUGAGGAUUGUGUCUCUCCCUCUGCUGCCACCACCUGGCAAACAAAUGCAAUAAAAUAAAAUAAAAAAGGCAAAACAAGUAAACACCACUGCAUAUUUUCUCCUUUGCCUUCGCUGUUCCAAGACAACUGGAAGAACUACUUUACCUGUAGAAAGCAGCAGAUUCUGCAUUCACCCGUAACUGCAUAUGUUUAAACCUAUGGAAGGAACAGAAAAGAUCUGAUUCUUAAGAAGGAACAAUUUCUUCAGAGCCACUUCUGGGCCCGUUUUACAUUACACACUUUUGACACUAGGAUUCCGCUUUAAAACUGUUAAGGUUCUAGCCUUUGGAAUUCUGGGAUUUGCAAUUUAGAGAAGGAUAUUUAGAAUUAUGUGCUUCACCAAACUCCAAAUUCCAAAGGAUGCAGACAUGACUGUGAAAAUGUUGUGUAGAGUGAAUACACAAGCACGGGGACACAUACGGAUUUGAUCCUGGCUACUGUGAAGAGCUGAAAGCUUCAUCUUUCUCUCUUCUCCCAUUACUAUCCAUAGGUCAAGAAGGGUAGGCCAAGUAGUGAAGAGGGCAUGGGGACAAUGGCACCAUCUACACUGCCAUAUAAUCCAGUUUGUGAAUUCAGAUACUCUGCUUUGAACUGGAUUAUAUGGCAGUGUUGCUCCAGCCUAUACACUAUACAUGAGAAAGGCCGCAAGCUGUGAAUACAGUCACUAGGUUACAGGUAGAGUAUCCCUUAUUCAAAAUUCCUGGCACAGUAAAUAUUUCGGAUUUUUAAAGCUAUUGGAAUACCUAUAUUUACAUUUUGGAACACAAAAUUCAUUGUUGUCUCAUACAUGCCUUGUACACAUAUUCUGGAGGUAAUUAAGUAUUUGUAAUCAUUUUGGAAAUUAAACCGUCAGAAUACAAAUGUGUCACUAUCUCAACCAACCAUAUGGGACAACUUUGAAUUUCAAAGUCUUCCAGAUUUCAGAGUUCCGGAUAAGGGAUAGUCAACCUGCAUCAGCAUCUCCAACAAAACCCAGUCCUGUUUCUUAUAUUAGCAUAAAUGUCACUACUGUAUGUACUCAUGUAUAAGUCAAGAAAGUUGUGACAAAAAAUUGCAACCUCAAAACCUGGAUCAACUCAUGGGUCAAUGUAACCUGGGCAGGAAAAUGGCUUUGUGGAAGUGUGGAAAGGAGUACUCCAUUUAGGUUUUCCAGGAACAGACUAAACUCUUGCCAUAGUCUGACCUGGGAAAAUCUAAAAGAAGUACUGACCAACUCUAUCUUUUCCACCAUAGCACUGCUUUCUUGCUUUUUGAGAGUCCCAGAAAGUCCUGCACAUUAUUACUGCACUGAACUCCAGGGGCCUCCUAUGGUGAUGACUUGAUGGCAGUCUUGACACCCAGUGCCAACAAUGCCUUCGGCUUCUUGGUGGAUCAGAAGCUGGGCAGCUUUAUUGCCCUCCUGGUAACCCACAUCCAACCACUGUUGUCAUUUCAGUGUGUUGGUGUUUCGCUAAGAUAAUCAUUUUUUAUCAUUGUCACUAGCAGCCUGUAGAUGUUUAAUACUGCAAUAAACCCAAAUGUUACUCUUUGAUCCAUCCUACUGUUAAUAUACAUUAAAUUACAUUUAUUAAAACAGAAAAAAUAAUAUCCUCCAUGGCAGGGGGUUGGACUGGAUGGCCCUUGUAGUCUCUUCCAACUCUUUGAUUCUAUGAACCUUUGUUAUAAACCACUAUCCAUGGGUCAUAUCAGAAUCCAAAGUUUUGCCCCCAAACCUGCCCUUGACUUAUACAUGAAGUUGACUUGUCCAUACUGGAGACAGAAAACAACACUGGGGAUAAUGAAGAGCGAGAUUACAACAUUACAACAGGAAAUAAAGGAUCUGAAAAAUGAUAAGAAAGAACUAAAGAUAACUCAAGAAAAGACCCAAUAUAAACUAAAAGAACUAGAGAAAAAAAAUGAAAAAAUAAACGCAAAACAAGAAGCCAUGGAGGCAAGAGAAUUGGAACAUCAAUUAAGAAUGAGAAAUAUACCGGAAGAGCCAGGAGAAAACAUAAGAGAGAAAGUAAUAGAGAUACUAAUGAAACUUCUGGACUGCUCCGAACAGGAGAUACAAGUACAAAUGGACAGAACGUACAGGAUCAACACAAAUUUCUCAAGAAGAAACAAAACCCCGAGAGACGUGAUAGUACACCUUACAAAGAAAAUUGCAAGAGAUGAAAUAUUGAGAAUAAAUAACAAAAAACAGAUAUUCUACAAAGAGACAAAAAUAGCGAUAUUGAAGGAAGUACCAAAUACAAUAAUAAAUAGAAGGAAAAAAUAUACCUUCCUGACAGAGGAAUUGAAGCAACAGAAGGCGAGAUACAGGUGGGAAAGAGAAGAAGGAUUAAUGACAACGUAUAAAGGUCAAAGGUAUUGGAUCACAACAGAAGAAAGAGCCCGAGAAUUUUACAACACAAUAAGAAAGGAGAAGGAUGAAGAAUCUGAAAGGAAACAAAAAGAGAAGAAAAAACCAAAGAGACAACGUAUAGAGUCACCCGAAAAAGAUGAUUUAGACAUAAAAGAAUGCAGACUGAACCUAAGGGGAAACAUGGAACCUACGAAUUUAGGAAAAGUGGAAGAAAGACAGGUGGAAGAGGAACAAGAGGAUAGAAUGAGAGAAGAAGAGGAGGAAGAGAACGAGACAGAAGCAGUGGGCGAUAAGGACGAAGAUAAAUAUGAGUGAACUUAAAAUUUAUUCAAACAAUAUUAACGGACUAAAUUCGGCAACAAAAAGGAAUAAAGUAUUUAAUGAGCUAAAGAAAAAAAGAUAUCAAAUUAUUGCUCUCCAAGAGACCCACAUAAACCAAAAACACGUUAAAUAUCUGGAGGAAAAAAAACUGGGACAAUGCUUUUAUGCCUCGGCAUUAGAAAAAAAAAAGGGGGUAGUGAUGUAUGUAGAAAGGAGAAUACCAGCUAAAUUAGCUUUUAAGGAUGAGGAGGGUAGAUUCAUAGGAGUAAAAAUAACGAUUCAGGGAAUAGAUAUAUUAAUAUGUAACAUAUAUGCACCUAAUGGAGCAAAGUCAGCAUUCACAGAAAAACUAAAAGGCAGUAUUAAUGAUCAAGAAUAUGAACAUUUAGUAUUAAUAGGAGAUUUCAACGGUGUAGUAGAGGGGGAAAUAGAUAGGAGUAAAGUAGCGAAGAAAGGAAAAAGUAAAAAUAAUAUAGGAAAUUUACCAAAAACAAUGAUGAACAUGAUGAAGGAACUAAACAUUCAGGAUAGCUGGAGAAUAAAACAUGAAGGAGUAAGGGAUUUUACUUAUUUCUCGACCAGACACCAAAGCUGGUCGAGAAUCGAUAUGGCGUGGGUGUCAAAGUCCUUAAUACCAAAAAUAAGAAAAACAGAGAUAUUGCCAAGGUUAGAUUCAGACCAUUGCCCAUUAGAAUUAGAGAUAUUCUACAAUAAAAAAGAAUGGAAGUGGAGGUUAGAUGAAAAUCUAUUGAAGAAAGAGGAAGAUAUUGAAAGAAUAAGGAAAGUAAUACAAGAAUAUUUCGAGAUAAAUGACACAACAGAGAUAGACCUAUUUACAUUGUGGGAAGCAAGCAAAGUAGUAGUAAGAGGGAGAUUUAUCCAACAAAAAGCAAUUAAAAAGAAGGAAAGAUUAAAAAAAAUGAACAAGAUAAUUGAAGAAAUAAAAAAGGAAGAAAUUAGGUUAAAAUCAAACCCAAGAAAUAAGGAUACCCAGAGGAACAUAGAAAUCUUACAAAAACAAAGGGAAUAUUUGAUAAUGGAGGAAAGGGCUAAUAAACUGAAAUUUAUAAAGCAAGAUUUCUUUCAAAACGCAAACAAACCGGGAAGAUGGAUGUCUAAUAGAAUUAAGGAAAGAAAGGAAAGUAAAUAUGUAACAAAAAUAAAAGAAGGGGACAAAAUAUAUACAAAGGAGGGAGACAUAAAAACCCAAUUCCAAAAGUUUUACGAAACACUCUACCAAAAAGAACAAAUAGACGAGGAGAAAAUAAUGAAAUACAUAGAAGAGAGAAAAGUGACCAAAAUCUCAGAAAAACAAAGAGAGGAACUAAAUAGGGAAAUUACAGAGCAGGAGAUAAAGAAGGCCAUACAAAAUUUGAAACCUAAUAAGGCCCCAGGCCCAGAUGGGCUAACAGCAGUAUAUUAUAAAACCUUCGGCCAAGAGCUAAUACCAUACUUGAAAAAAAUUAUGAAUAGGAUUAGAGAAAUUGCAAAAAUGCCGGAAACAUGGAAACAAGCAAACAUAUGUACAAUACAUAAAGAAAAUUCGGACCCAGAAAAAAUUAAAAAUUACAGGCCAAUUUCACUAUUAAAUUUGGAUUAUAAAAUUUUUAGCAAUAUAAUAGCGGAAAGAUUUAAAAACUUUUUAAAAAAUUGGAUAAAAGAAGAACAAACGGGGUUUGUGCCCAAUAGACACCAAAGAGAAAAUGUAAGAACCAUCAUUGACUUGAUUGAAUAUUAUGAAAUAAAAAAUCAAAAAAAAGUUCUUUUACUGGCCCUCGAUGCUGAGAAAGCUUUCGACAAUGUAAAUUGGUCCUUUUUCAAAUUAUUAAUAAGGGAAAUGGAUAUAGGUUAUUAUUUCCAAAAUACAAUUGAUGCAAUAUACACCUCACAAAAGGCAAAAAUACUAAUUAACGACCGAGAAACGAAGGAUAUAAAUAUAGAGAAAGGAACUAGACAAGGCUGCCCCUUAUCACCAUUAAUAUUCAUUUUAACACUGGAGAUACUAUUAAAUAGAAUAAGGGAGGAAGAAGAACUGAAAGGAGCAAAAAUACAGAAUUAUGAAUACAAAAUCAGAGCCUUCGCGGAUGAUAUUAUAUGCGUAAUAGAAGACCCGGACACAAAACUAGGAAAAUGGCUAGAGAUAAUAAGAGAAUUCGGAGCAGUAGCAGGAUUUAAAAUAAAUUUGGAAAAAACGAAAGCAAUUACCAAAAAUAUAACAAAGAAGGAACAAGAAACUUUAAUGAAAAAAUGGAAUAUCCAAAUCGCCCCCAAAAUAAAAUAUCUAGGAAUAAUUAUAACCCAGAAAAACUCUCAGCUACUUGAAAAUAACUAUCUAACAAAGUGGAAAGAGAUGAAGAAGGAAAUGGAGAUUUGGGGGAAGUUAAAACUCUCACUGUUAGGCAGAAUAGCAUGUGUAAAAAUGAGUAUUUUACCAAAAAUGAUAUUCCUAUUUCAGAAUCUGCCGAUAAUUAGAAACCAAAGGACCCUUAAAGAGUGGAACAGGGACAUAAUGAAAUUUAUAUGGCAAAAAAAGAAACCGAGAAUAAAGCUGAAAUAUAUGAUCCAGGAAAAGAACAGGGGUGGACUAGCGACACCAGAUUUAAAACUUUAUUUCGAAGCAUCGGCUUUAAUGUGGGUACGAGAUUGGACAAAAUUAGAAAAUAAUAAAUUGCUAAAUUUGGAAGGAAUAAAUUUAAGAUUGGGUUGGCACGCAUACCUAUGGUAUGGGAAAUCCAAAAUUGAGAAAGAAUUUAAUAAUCAUUUUAUACGCUCAGCAAUUCUUAAAAUUUGGGAAAAAUACAAAAAGAAAUUAUAUGACAAAACGCCUUUAUGGGUUUCUCCCCUAGAAGCAUCGCAGAGAAGACUACUGGGAUGGCACAACUGGCCAAAUUAUAAAGAAUUAUUAGUAAAACAGAAUGGAGAAUGGGAAAUGAGACCCCAACAGGAACUGAGAGAAAUAAAUAAAAAGAUUUCCUGGUAUCAGAUAUGGCAGGUAAAAGAACAUUUUAAGACAGACAAACAA